AUGACGGCCCAUGAGACAAGCGAUGCAGUAGUUAACUAUGACAACUUUGACGAUCAUCCAGUUCCACAUAUAAGACAAGAAGCUGAUUGGGACUGUGGGAUUGCUUGUACGACGAUGGUGCUUCAAGGGCUUGGCAUUGAGUGCACUGUGGAAGAAGUAACCAAGCAAUGUGGACUGACAAGCGUAUGGACGAUUGAUCUGGCAUAUCUGCUUCGGAACUACGGCCCAGACUUUACGUAUUACACAAGCUAUUUCGGUAGCCGCAAGGAAUAUCAGGGGUCAAAAUUCUACAAGGCUACCUUUGAUGAGGAUGAGAGGCGUGUCAACAAGCUCUUUGUCGCUGCAAAGAGUCGUUCAGUGCAUGUUGUUCGCAUGAUGCUUCCGAUCGACGAUUACAAGCGAUUUCUCUACUGCCGCCAAUUCGUGAUCAUUGCUCUAGUGGAUGCACGGCUUCUCCAAUGCCAACGAUGCCAGGAACGAGCCAAUUGCAUGCUGUCAUUAUGUGGAUACAUCCUGAAUCGGUUCAAAGGUUAUGAUGAAUAUGCAGGCCAUUACAUUACCCUUAUUGGCUAUGAUCAUACGGAGGAUUUGUUUAUCUAUCGGGAUCCAGCGGUUGUCGACAGCUUUUGCACUAUUACAGCGGAUGAGUUUGACGCCGCUCGACAAUCGGAUGGCACUGACAACGACUGGUAA